GGUUCGGGGUUUGGUAUCGAAUGUGACAGGAAAGCAAUCUUAUUCGCUGGAAAUGUGGGAAAUCCUUGCAGCUUUGGGUGGGUUCCAAGGCGGCGGCGAGCGGUGACCUUGUCCGAGAGACAUCGCUGAUCACAGAGAAUGAGGCAGGCCAAGGAACGAAGAGCGUAUUCCCAGAGCCCUCCGCGAGGCUCGCCGACGAGCGGGGAAGGCCGUGUGUCCCUUCGCGUGGACCAGCCUGUCGAAGGGUGCGAGGUGACGACGCACGCAUUUUACCGAUCCAGCGACGGCGACAUUGACGACGACGAUUUCCAACUCAAAUUCAGCUGGUCCAAGUCCAUUUCCAAGCGGUGCUGUGCCAACAAGCAGUGCGCCCGGAUGGGUAAUGGCGAAGGCAACGUCGUGCUCCUCAUGGCGACCGUGGAUUGUGCCGUGUGCCUUCGACAGGGCAUCUCGAGCGACACUUCUCGGUUUUGCACCCUGGAAUGCUUUCGAAGUGCAUGGAACACACACCGUCAGCUGCACAAAAUCUCCACAUCGAAACUUCGCAUCCGAAGCGCAGACGACCUCGACAAACACAAGUCGGUCCUCCACGAGGCGCCAGCUCGACCUGCCUCGGAACGAUGGAGCAUCCUUCAAGCCACCAAGACGUACACGCCGUCAUCGGCAGAUGUCGGCCACGUGCUGCGGGUCGAAUGCACGCCGCUUUUCCGCACAGGACAAGAAUGCGGACCAUCCAAGUUUAUGGAAACAAAUAUCGUGCUCCCAUUUCCACCGAUGGCCCCGGCGCGGCAAAUGGUGCCAGCGCUUGGCAAAGACGACCGGUUGACUGCGCGCCUGCGCUACCUCAACGGCUUUCGCAUCUUGUCGUACAACGUCCUGGCCGAGAUUUACGCAACGCGGCAAAUGUACCCGUACUGCCCGAUGUGGGCGCUGAAUUGGUCCUUUCGAAAGCAGUUGCUGCAGCGCGAACUGCAGCUCUACAAUGCCGAUAUUUUGUGCUUGCAAGAAGUGCAAGCCGACCAUUACAAGCACCAUUUUCAGCCGAUGAUGGCGGCCUGGGGAUACGACGGUCUGUUUCAAAAAAAAACGCGAGAAAGCAUGGGCUUGGAGGGCAAGGUCGACGGGUGUGCCACAUUCUACCGCACGUCGCGGUUCUUCCUCAAAGAGCAGUACGCCGUCGAGUUUAACGAAGCAGCGACGGACUUUGUCGCGUCGCUCUGGUCCAAUUUCGAGCUGGCGUACCCGACCGCGUCCAACCAAGAGCGUGAGACGUACCAAGCGAGCCUUUCACGCGUUCGCCAGCGCCUCGUCCGCGACAACGUAGCACAAAUCGUGGUGCUGGACGUAGCUCCGCUGAAUGACACGACGACAGCCGGACGGAAGGCGCCGCUGCCGUCCAUCUGCGUCACGAAUGUGCACAUUUUCUCGAAUCCGGAAUUCCCCGACGUCAAAUUGUGGCAGACGCACACGCUGCUUGACCAGAUCGAGCACUUGGCGCAUUCCCGCCGCGUUCCCGUCAUUGUGUGCGGCGACUUCAACAGCGAGCCGUCCAGUGCGGUGUACAGCUUACUCAGUCAAAACCACGUCCGAAGCGACCAUCCCGAUCUGAAAACGCUGUCCGAGUUCGUGCACAUGAGCAAGCUCACCCAUCCCAUGACGCUCCAAAGCGCGUACGCGGCAGUAUUUGGCACAGAGCCGGCCUACACCAACUACACGGGCAGCUGGGUCGGUGUUGUCGACUAUAUUUGGUUCAGCGUCGACGCGCUCGUGGCUGUCGCAGGACUCGAGGUGCAUCCCCCCGACGUCCUCCAAGCGUACGCGCGGACGUGCUUGCCCAACUGCCAGUACAGCAGCGACCACGUGCCGAUGUGCAUCGACUUUUGCUUUAAAGGCAUGGCGACAACCACCCACAAUGCCGGGCGGUACUAGCUGCCGCGACUCGACCGAUGUCGCGCUCGUGGAUCGCGCAGUGACGACGACGACGCGUGUAACCCUGUUAACGGAUUUCGUGCUAUGUCUCACAGGAUGGCUUCGACGGGACCGCGCCGUCCGUCUGUCGGUGGUGCCGCCGCCGCCUUCCCAG